CAGCGGGCGACCGCUCGUCUUCUGUAUCACGGCGCCGCUGCGAUGAGACAAAGAAUAGCAGUCGUCGCAAAUAGGCACCUCGUCGCGCAGCUGCCUGCUCCUGCCUGAUUGGUGCGUUUGCGCCUGCUCGCCGUCGUGGCUGCCGUGCUCUAUACGCCGCGGCGCGUGUUUGCAUGGUUGCACCAACCGACAUUUCCUCUUUCGACCAACUCAAGUACAUCUGCGAAGCUUUCGCCUUCUUUUCCUUGGUCAACUGUCGCUGGCGUCUGUUCCUGUCAUAAACUCUCCUUCACCCUCGCUUCCGCUUUCGACCGUGUGCCUCUCCGUGCCACUAUUUUUCACACAUUUUCUCCUGCCCGUUACUUUCCAAAACCCCGACAUACAAUCUUUCCAACCCUGUCUUUACUAUGCCGCCCGCGUCUUAUUACUCCAACGGCGCUUCGCCCGUACUACCCAUUGGCACCCAAGUGCGCGCUCCUGCCCACCACGCCAACGGCAACGGUACCAACGGUCGCCUGGCUGGCAACAUGUCUAACGAAUCGGCGACUAUGUGGGCACGUAUUGAGGAUAUUCUCCAGCACGAUCAACAAAAGCGGCAGCUGAUCGAGGAACUCAUGACGCGCUACGAAUACAUGACGCAGGACUAUCAGCGCCUUGCUAGCCAGCAGGGCGAUGUACUUCAGGUCCAACAGCUGAAGCAAAACUUGGUCAGCUUGCAAGGAGCUCUGGAGCGCAACCCAUUUGUGCUGAUCCUCAUUGACGGCGACGGCAUGAUCUUUGAGAACGAGUUUCUUCAGAAGGGUUUGGCUGGUGGCAAGCAAGCUGCGGUCUCCCUAUACAGCACAAUUGCCACCUACAUCGAGCGAGAAACCAGGACCAUCCCGCCCACAUCCCGCGUUCUCUGCCGCAUAUACGCAAACGUGAAGGGUCUUGCCGAUGUUCUCGUACGCGCUGGCAUCGUGAAUAAAGCUGCGCAGUUUGAAGAUUUCACCCGUGGUUUUACAAAUGGAAGGACAUUCUUCGACUUCAUUGAUGUAGGCCCUGGAAAAGACCGCGCGGACGACAAGAUUAUUGAGACUUUGAAACUCUUCCUCGAUGACUUCCACUGCCGACAAAUUUUCUUCGGUUGCUCGCAUGACAACGGCUUUGCUCGACCUCUCGAAGAGUACCUAGGAGACGACACCAAAAUCUCCAAAGUGACACUUUUGGAAGGAGUGCCUUUCGAGAAGGAGCUUCUCGGGCUGCCAUACAAGACCAAGAAGUUCGACGGUUUAUUCCGGGAGACUAAGAUUAAUGUUCUAGCUACUCUAGUUGGACUGGCUUCACCAGCAGUCAAGAACUACAAUGUGCUGAACGGACUACCGACUCGUUUGCCGCCGCCUCCAACCAGCUUUGAUUCACCGCCUUCUCGACCAAUGUCGUCGGGUGUACUUCAUACGCCUUCAACUUUGAUUCUAGACGAAUCCGCGCCGGUCAAUAAAGCCAAGAAUUGGGCUGCACUGGCUGCUGCACCUCCUCCACCUGUAACCACGCAGCCGGUAACCACGUACAAGCAUAUGAAUCGCGAAGAAGUCAUUGCUCGUAACCGCAUCGGUCAGCGUGUCGAUCCUCCAUGCCGCGACUUUGAUAAAGCCGAGGUUGAUCGUAUCAAGAAGAUCAAGAUGUGUAAUGUGCACUUCCUUCGUAAUGAGUGUCCCUUUGGGGGGAACUGCACUCACCUUCAUAAUUACCAGCCCACCGAGGCAGAGAUAGCAACGCUUCGUCUCGUCGCGCGCAUGGCGCCUUGCCAGAACGGAAGCGGUUGCCAAGAUAUCAAGUGUAUUUAUGGCCAUCGCUGCCCGGCCCCACCGCCUAGGGCGAACCAGCUUAGGGGCGGUAAGAACUGCGUUUUUGGCGAGUCUUGCAAGUUCCCGAUCAAUCUCCAUGAUAUUGAUUGCAGUGUGGUUAAGACCCUCGUCAUUCGUUAGUUGGACACGAAAAGCACAAAGGCGAGUUGAAUGGCGAAGGCUAUAAGUUGCCUCACGGUGCAUGAUGGAACAGAAGAUACCCCGAUA